AUGGCAUUAGCUUGUAUUGGAUAUCAAAAGAGAGCUGUACCAACACGAAUACGGCAUAGAUCGAUUUCUCCAUCAACUCCAGAAACGCCAAACAGUAGUGUGACAAAAGAAGAGGAAGAAAUCGAUUACUCGCCUAGCGUUGAACAGCAAACUGAUGGUACUAAACUUCAAAGAAAACUUCGCUUGAUGGUAAAAGAAAUGCGUGAUAUUCAAGGAAAAUAUUCCAAUGCUUUGAAAUCAUGGAGCAAGAAAUGGACUAGUGCAUUCGAACAGAAUACAUCUUCACUAGUCCAUUAUGAAACUACAAAGCAAAUGUUCGUGUCUCUCAGUUCAAUUGGUAAUGAGCUGGCCAAAAAUAUCGAUCAUUCGCACCGCCAACUUCGGCAUGUUUCAAAACUGAUUCCAACGGAAGAGCAAUAUCCAUCACGAGAGUCUCAGCUUCAGAAAGCACGUACAGCAGUCAAUAGUGUUCGAAGUGAUUUAAUUGAAUAUGAGAAAGAAUUGAAGGAACUCAAACGUAGUUUAAAUAGAAUUAAGGAUCAAUUAAGAGAUCCGUCAUCAAAUAAAGUAGAACAAUCGAAAUGGAAAUCAGAACGAAAAAGUGUAGAAGAUAGUAUCGAACAAAUGAAAGAUAAUGUUGAAUAUGCUACAAAAAUGUGUGAACGAGCUGAGAAACAAUACCAUAAAGAUACUGUUGCCAUAUUUGAAAAAAGUCAAGAAGAUGAGUUACAGAGACUAAAUUCAUUGCGAGACACAUUAAAGGCUUUUCUUGACGCCCUGGAUGUCAAACAUGAUUCUUGGCAAGAAGCAAUAGAAAAACAUAAUCCAAAACAAGAUCUCAAAGUGUGGAAACGAACAUUCUUUCCUUCACUAAUCAGAUUAACAAACACACAUUAA